CAAACACAGAAAUUAUAACGAAGGCCCUCCAUAAAAGCAUUAUGUCCAGCGUGGAAUUAAUUCAUCAGUACAAGACAACAUGUAAUAAGCUGAAGAAAAUUCAGCGCGUUUUGCUAAAGCGCUUUGGACCGAGCGUGGUGGAAGUGAAGGAAGAAUUCGGCGCACUGGCAAACAGUUUCAACGAAGCUUUUCAACCGGACUAUGCCGCUCUCUGCUACAUCGGUCAGAGCAAAUGCGAGAAGCUGAUCGGUAACGAUGCGGGCGAAGUCGAGGCGCUGCUACGGGCAGCCCGAUCGUUCCGCGGUGCACACGAUAAGCAGCAACGGGUACGGGCGGAAAACAUUUCUUCCGAGCACCACGAAGGCGCGUUUCGUUGCUAUACGCAAGCGCUCGGCCGCCUGCCGGAUAAAUCGGUUCUCGGUGCCGCGAUCAUACGCGAACUGAAGGAGAUCAGCCCAAGCGUUGAGCUUACGAGCGACUUUAGCUCACCGUGCCACCGUAUCUGGGACCUCGAAAAGUCGGCCGAGGAAAGCCUUGCGGCACGGGAUUACGUCGGAGCGUUCGAGAGGCUAUCGGAGAUCUACGACGACGUGACCGAGCGGAAAUGUGAAGCCCUGUACAGCGAGGUGAUGAAUCGGGUUGAAGUUUCGAGACUGCUGUUGCUCUGUUUGCUGCAACUGCCGCCGUCGGUACGGUACGAUCACAAAUUCAUUGAACGCUAUUCAACGAUCACUGAUGGAAGCUACCGCACUACGGACGACUCAAGCGGACGGGGUUGCGGGCAGCUUGGCGAAGACCUUGUGCUGCUCCUCCAGUCCCUGGUGGUCUCGUGUCAGGCGAAGGAUAUCGAGUCGUUGAUUUCGGUUCGAGAUGAACUUUGCCAGCGACCGGAAUUGACCGUGUCACAGCAGACCCUUCUAAAGGAAGUGCUCACAAAGUACUGCAAAUGAUAUUAAGUGUGCCAAAGGGAACGCCGAUAUGAAUGCAAAACAUAUUGUAAAUACGACCAAUCCGAAUGUUGGUAUGCUGCUUUUGUACGUUUUGCUAUUUGCAUGGUGGCUUUUUCAUAGUUUCUUAGUCAUAAAUGCCUCAUACUCUAAGCUGAACGGGAUAGAAUAAAA